GAGUAAUAACUGCUGCAGAAUUACUGGCAGUGGUUCACCAUUUUUGUUUGUUUCUCUUUUUCCACCUUUUUUCCAUCUUUGCACUGCACAAUGCUCCUUGUUCAUUGCCCGGGCCUUCCCUGCAGAAUCCCUGCUACAAUCUUAUUUCAUACAUACUCAUAAACUACAACCACACUGAUACGCUUCAGUUUCCCUUGAUGCCCUUUGUUUUGAUGACUUUUACCUACCCUCAUUGCUUUCCCUUUCCUUCUUUGUGUCUCUGAGAAACCAACUCAAUAACUUUACCACCACCAUUUCUCUUUCUUUUCCUUAUCUGCCUCUAACAAAGGGUCUUGUCCCUUUCCCACUACCCUAAGACCUCUCAUUUUCUACACUUGCUGCAUCACCAUGCAACCAACCUGGGUGCUCACUGCUUCUCUGUUCAUCACUGUCUGAAAUAUAAUAAAGAUUACAUUUUGACCAAGGAGCUCUUGCUUUUCCAGCUGUCGAGGUGAAGGGUUAUGAUAUCUUAGUUUUCAUCCUCAUUGGGUUUGUUUUGUUUAUUAUUUUUUUUAUUAAAGUGGACCUUUUCGAAUGUGGUGUGAGAUUGUGAAUGUGAAGCUAUGAAGAAAUAGUAAUGGAUUGUGGUGAGGGUUGUAAAAAUAGAGUCUUUUCUAUGAAUGUUCAGUGAAUCGAUGUAAUUUAAUCUGAUUAAAGGGGGAAAUGGGUGCUACGAACUCAAAAGCAGAAAAGAAUGAAGCUUUGAGUUUGUGCAGGGAAAGAAAGCGGUUCAUCAAGGUGGCUAUCGAUUCAAGAUAUGCUUUAGCAGCUGCACAUGUUUCGUACAUUCAAUCUCUUCGAAAUGUUGGCAUUUCUCUCCGCAGGUAUGCUGAGGCUGAGGUAGUGGCAGAGUCAUCUCUGUCUGUAUCUGACAAAACCCCUUCUCAAACUAGUUACCCUUCUCCAUCACCUUCACAUGUUGCUGAAGUUGAGGUUUCGGAGUCACCUUUGCACAAUGAGAGUCCUCUUUCGCCGCCUGUGGCCACCACUCUUAGUUACAUGAGGUCGGGGGGUAGUGCUGCUGUUACUGUUACAGUAAAUGCUUGUGGAAACAUCAACUAUUUGGAUGAUGAAUCCACUGUGGUUCCAAUGCCUCCACCUCCACCACCUCCUCCUGAGUCAGGUGCGUCUUGGGAUUUCUUUGAUCCUGGAGAAGAUAGUGAGAGCUUCAGGUUUGCAGUGCAUUGCAGUGACUCCAGAGAGUGUAGGGAUGAAGAAAAUAGAGAUCAGUGGUUGCAUAUCGGUUCAGAUGGGCAUUGCAUGAUGCAACCUAACCUUGAUGAGAAGUUUGGAAAGUUCAGCAGUGAUGCAAUGGGAAAUGAGGGUGGAAAUUCUUAUGCACCCUACCUUGAUCAUUCAAUUGUUUCAAGAGGAGUGGAAGGGGGCAAACAAAAGGUUCAUGGAGAAGUGAGAGAGAUAGAGUUGCCGAGUGAUGCAGGUGAAGUAAGCCGAGCUGUUGCAGACAAGGGUGCUGGUGGAAGAUCCAGUUCAAAGAAGGAGAAGAACAUGGCUGGAAAAAAUGUGUCAGCGGAAAGAGAGGAUCCUUCAGAGUUCAUCACCCACAGAGCUAAAGAUUUUCUCUCCAGCAUAAAGGAUAUAGAGCAUCGGUUCAUUCGAGCUUCUGAAUCUGGUAGGGAGGUCUUGAGGUUGUUAGAAGCAAACAAAAUCAAGGUGGGGUAUUCUGAAGCAAAAGUGAAAUCCUCUACCAUGGAUAUGCUGUCAGCUUUCCAGCCUGUUUGUUGCGGGGGAAAGGCUUCACCUGUUUUCCAGGAACCCGCCCAAAAAAUUAUAAGUUGGAAAAGGACAGCAUCUUCUCGGUCAUCCUCAUCUAAGAAUGCUUUGGCUGCAAAAACAAAGGAAGAUGUUGAUGAUAGUGGAAGUGACUUUGUUGAAGAAGUCUGCAUGAUUGCUGGAAGCCAUUCAUCCACCCUUGACAGACUAUAUGCAUGGGAGCGAAAACUCUAUGAUGAAGUAAAGGCUAGUGAAUCCAUCAUGAAGGAGUAUGAUCGAAAAUGUCACCAGCUUAGGCAUCAAUUUGCAAAAGAUCAAGGCUCUCAUGUGAUUGACAAGACCCGGUCGGUUGUGAAGGAUCUGCAUUCGCGGUUAAGAGUGGCUAUAUAUUCUGUUGAUUCAAUAUCUAAACGAAUUGAGAGAAUGAGGGAUGAAGAAUUGCUCCCACAACUUUUGGAAUUUACAGAAGGAUUGAUCAGAAUGUGGAAGGCCAUGCUGGAAUGUCAUCAUGCACAGUACAUCACCAUCUCCUUAGCAUAUCAUUCAAGAAACUCAACAGAAACCUUGUUGCGAGGAGAAGUGCGCAGGGAGAUAAUGACCCGGCUUCUAGAAGAAGUUGAGUUCUUUGGUCUGAGUUUUGCAAACUGGAUUAACAGCCUCACUUCAUAUGUGGAAGCACUCAAUGCAUGGCUGCAAAACUGUAUACUGCUACCAAGGGAGCGUUCCAAGAGCAGAAGACCGUUCUCCCCUCGCAGACUUCUGGCACCACCUAUAUUUGUUCUUUGUCGGGACUGGUCUGCUGGGAUCAAGGCUUUACCUUCUGAGGAACUAAGUCAGGCAAUCAUAGACUUUUUGUCUGAUCUUCACCUUAGGACCGAGCAGCAGAAUGACCAACUUUUCAGGAAACAGAAUUCUGUAAAUGCAAGAACUGCAGAAACCGAGGAGAGCAAAACUAAUGAAGAUAAUGAAGAUGAGUCUGCAAAUUUGAGCUGUAUUCAUGCAAGGUUAACCAAGGUUCUUGAUCGACUUACGAAAUUUUCUGAGGCAUCAUUGAAAAUGUAUGAAGAUAUCAGGCAAAAAAGUGAAGCAGCUCGAAAUGCAUAUCAUAAUUGCAGAACUUUGAGGGCUGAAAAAGCUUAAUUUCAAGUAUAUGAACAAAAAAUUCUACUGUGCUUGCUUGACAUUAAUUUAUUAUAUAUGAAAAACGCCCAAAAACAUAAACACAUGAUCAUGAGCCUGUUGAAAAAAGAAGUUUGAGAUGAAAAAUAGUUUGUAAGUUUCUGUAA